AUGGCGUCGAGCAACGAGUCGUUUCUCAUCAUCGGAGCAGGCGUUUUUGGAGUGUCCACCGCGUACCACCUUAUCAAGAGAGACCCUCAUGCUUCGGUGACGUUGGUGGAUCGGGAUCCCUUUGACGCCGACAGUCGUGUCGCCGCUUCGUGGGAUUGGAACAAGGUUGUGCGUGCCGACUACGAAGAUUUCGUCUACUGCCAACUGGCACUCGAAGCGCAAGACGUCUUUCGAACCGAUCCGCUCUGGAUGCCGCAUUUCCACGAGACGGGCGUCUACUGGAUUUGCCGCAACGAUUUUGCGAAGGAUGUCGUCGAAAAUUACAAGACGCUGGGUCGGAAAGCGGACAUUACCGUCGUGCCCGUCCACGUGGCGCGGAAGAUGUACGACGGGCUCUUCGACGAGGCCGAUUACACGGGCGUGAAGGAGGUCCUCGUCAACAAGACAAGCGGCUGGGCCGCUGCCGGCGACUGUCUGCGGGCCGUCACCCGCAAGGCCAUGGAGCUAGGCGUCCGGUACGAGAUGGCCGAGGUGGCGACGGUGCUGCUGGACGACUCUGGCUCUUGCCGCGGAGUUCAAACGACGACCGGUGGCACGCUGACGGCGUCCCAUGUCAUCCUCUGCGCCGGAGCCUUCACCCCGAAGCUGCUCGAGCUCAGCGCGGCUCGCAGCGGUGUGCGCGACCUCCGGGCGGGACCAAGAAUCGUCGCAGGCGGCAUCACGACGGGUAUCGCGCAGCUUGAUGGCGAGUCGCUCGAGAGGUUCGCUUCCAUGCCCGUGGGCUUCCAGGGGUACACGGCCGAUACAGGCGCCUUCAUCGGCAGUCUUCCGCCGACCAAGGACGGGGAACUGAAGUGGUGGGGACAAACGAUAUUCAAGAACACGGUGGAGGUCCUGCCUGGCCGCCUUCUGUCGGCCCCCCCAUCAGAACGAGACUACGGCCAAGGAAAGGUUUGCGAAAGGCUUAAGGAAGACGUACGGCAUGCAAGCCAUGUGUUUUUCGGAAAACGGGGGGCCGAUUGGAAGCUCGAAAAGCAUCGUAUAUGCUGGGAUGCCUUCACCACGAGCGGCGACUUUAUCAUCUCUCCGCAUCCAGCGGCGAAGGGACUCUAUUUGGCCACCUGCGGCUCGUUUCACGGAUUCAAAUUCUUCCCGGUGCUGGGCAAAUACGUCCUGCAAAUGCUCGAGGGUUCUCUGUCGGACGAGCUGCAAAGGAAAUGGGCCUGGGACAGAGAACGUCCGGACCCGAGACUCAAUCCCGAAUGGCCGAGGGUAGAGUUGGCUGAGCUGCGUGGACCGUCGUCGAAGUUGUGA